AUGGACCCAUCCAAUGGAACCACACCUCGCCCAGAGGGAUCUGAGGGGGCUUUAAAGCCCCCAGAGGGCAUGGUUCUUCCCCCCAAGGAUAUCCGAAAAGCCAUCGAGACUACCGCAAGCUAUGUCGUUCGCCAUAAAGGCACAUUUGAAGACCGUAUCCGCCAGAAGGAAAAGAACAACUACAAAUUCUCCUUUUUGACACCUGGAGAUGCCUAUGAGCCCUACUAUCAAUGGUAUACGGCUGAGUACAAAGCAGGGCGAGUAGCGGGAUUAGCUGGGCGAGCUGGCGAGUCUGUUGCCGCCGCGGAACCCGAAAAGCCCAAGGGGCCACCCCAACCGUCUUCGUUCCACUUCUCGGCGCGUAUGCCUAUUAUCAAUGCGCAGGAUUUGGACGUCGUCAAGCUCACGGCAUUGUUUGUCGCAAAGCGGGGAAAGUCAUUCAUGACUGCCCUGUCGCAGCGCGAGGCCAGAAAUUUCCAAUUCGACUUCUUACGGCCACAGCAUAGUCUCUACCAAUUCUUCACUCGAUUGGUCGACCAAUAUACUAUCUUGCUUCGCGCCGAGGGCAUCGACGAAGCAACUUCGGCCACGAAAAGAAUUGCUGAACUGGAGCGAAAUGCAAAGAACAAAUUCAAUGUCAUGGAGCGUGCUAAGCAGCGCGCAGAGUGGGUGAAAUAUCAGCGAAAACAGAAGCAAGAGAAGGAAGAGCAAAGUGAACAGGAGCGUAUUGAGUAUGCUCAGAUCGACUGGCACGACUUUGUCGUCGUUGAAACCGUCGAGUUCACCGAGCACGACGACCACGCGGACUUGCCACCGCCGACCUCAGCCAAUGACCUGCAAUCUGCCUCUCUCGAGCAAAGAGCAGCGCUCUCCCUCAACACACGACGCAUCGAGGAAGCGAUGCCCACCGGCCUCGACGAACCUGUCUACUACAACGCCUACCCAGUUCAAACCCCACCCAUGCACGCCCCGCAACCUUCGGCCUCGCCUUACCCAGCAAGCCCCUAUCACCCAACAGGCCAGUAUCCCAACGCAGAAGAAGAACAGCGCAUCCGCGAGCGGACCCAAUCGCGCGAUCAAGCCGCCGCUGCCCAGGCAGCAGCCAUCCCAGGCCAACAGCCAAUGCGCAUCCGUUCAGAUUACGUGCCCCGAGCCCAGGCCCGUCGUCAACAAGCUCAGAUGGCGAUUUGCCCUUACUGCAACCAGAAAGUACCGUUCCCCGAACUGGACGAGCACAUCCGUAUCGAGCUACUCGAUCCGCGCUGGAAAGAGCAGCGUGCGAAGGCCGAAGCUCGCAGUGCCACCACCAACCUGUCCACCGUCGACGUGGUCAAUAACCUCAAACGCCUUGCAAGUCAACGCAGCGACGUCUUCGAUCCUGCCCCCGUCGACCCGGAGGAAGAUCGCCGCAAGCGAAUGGCCAUAGGUGUCGAUGGCUCCGCUGGUCCACAGAACCCGAAUGCUGGCCCGCCUGGCGUGCACAACCCCCAGAGUAUGAAUAUCGAAGACCAGCUCAGACAUAUUCAUCAGCUUGCGAAGAAAUGA